AUGCCUUUCAAGCUCAUCAUGCUUCGUCACGGCCAGAGUACGUGGAACAAGGAGAAUCUCUUUACGGGUUGGGUUGAUGUCCCUCUGUCAGAAUGGGGAAAGACCGAAGCCGAGGAUGCGGGCAGACGCCUCGCACAGUCGGGUCAUUUGCCCGAUGUGGUGUACACCUCGCUGCUACGAAGAGCGAUCAAUACUGCCAACGCUGCGCUCGAUGCAGCCAAUCGUCACUGGAUACCUGUGACGCGGACGUGGAGACUCAAUGAGCGACACUAUGGCGAUCUCCAGGGCAAGAACAAGGCUGAAGCGGCACAAGAUUUUGGCGACAACCAGGUAAAGCUGUGGCGGCGCUCCUACGACACCAGACCGCCUCCGAUGCGAGAUGAAGCCUACGCGGCGCAGCAAGCUGAUGCUCAAUAUGGGAGUAUUGGCGAGCAGACCCCUCGUACAGAGUGCCUCGAAGACGUGCUGGCUCGUAUGCUGCCAUUUUGGGAGUCAGACAUCGUGCCGGAAUUGAGACGUGGGAACACGGUAUUGGUAGUUGCGCACGGCAACUCGUUGCGGAGUCUCGUCAAGGUACUUGAUGAGAGGACUGACGAUGAGAUUGUCAACGAAGAGAUACCCACGGGGGUUCCGAUAUUGUACGAAUUGGACGACAUGUUGAAACCAAUCGUCAAGGGCGGCAAGGUACUGGAUUUGUAG